AUGACGAUACAUGGUAUGUUUCGGCGCAUUGUGCGCAAUGAAGCCAUUCACGUUGACCCGCCGGAGAUUUACAACUGGCGAGUAAUCGCCUUGACUGCCUCGGCAUGUUUUGCUGGAGCGCUGUUUGGGGUAGAUGCUGGCAUCAUUGGAGGCGUCCUCGCAAUGCCAGACUUUAAGCGAGAAUUCGGUCUUGACACUCGCCCACCAAAAGCAGCUGCUGACUUGUCAGGCAAUCUUGUCACAACGAUGCAAGCAGGCGCCAUAGCAGGUGCACUUCUAUCAAGUCCUUUCGCUGAUCGCAAGGGAAGAAAACCUGCACUUCUCCUCGUCGCUAUUACUGGGUUUGUCGGAGGAAUCAUGCAGGCAUUUUCGUAUGGUCAUCUAUCUGCCUUUUACAUCGGACGAUUCAUAGAAGGUCUUGGCCUGGGCGCAGGAACAAUGCUUGCGCCAACUUACGUGUCUGAAAAUUCUCCCCGCGCUAUCCGUGGAUUUCUGGUCGGCUUCUUCCAACUUCUUCUCGUACUCGGCGGCAUGACAGCGUACUUCAUCAACUACGGCUCCCUACUUCACCUCCCUGGGAAAGCGACCUGGAUGGUCCCACUAGGAUGUCAGUCGAUCUGUCCAGCUCUCUUGUUCUUCAGCAUGCUUUUCUGUCCCGAAUCACCGCGGUGGCUAGCCUCUCGAGACCAGUGGGAGAAGGCGGGAGCAGUAUUGUCGGAUGUGCGGAAACUUCCUGUAGAGCAUGCGUAUAUUCAGCAGGAGUUGCUUGAGCUGCGAACGCAGAUUGAUCAGGAGCGUGCCAUCAUGAAAGACACGGGAUUUUGGGCUCUUCAGAAGGAAUGCUGGGCGGUGCCGCAGAAUCGGAAGCGUGCCCUUCUUACCAUUGGUAUAGUCACACUCGGGCAAUGGACAGGAACUGGUGCUAUCAACUAUUAUGCCCCAACCAUCUUCCAAGGUUUAGGUCUUAGCAGCACUACUACCGCCUUGUUCGCCCAGGGUAUCUACGGCGUCGUGAAAGUUGUUACUUGUCUAAUCUUCAUCUUCUUCCUGGCUGACUCUCUGGGUCGUCGCAAGUCGUUCAUGUUCGGCGGUGCAAUCCAAGCAUUCUGCAUGUUUUUCAUCGGCUUUUACCUUCGAUUCGGUCCUCCGCCUGUAAAGGACAACCAUCCCCCGCCAGCGGGUAUUGCAGCUCUGGCUAUGGUUUACAUUUUUGCUGCUGCUUUCAACAUGAGCUGGGGUCCUGUUUCGUGGAUUUAUGUCUCUGAGAUCCCAACGAAUCGACUACGUGCAUACAAUGUUGCUCUCGCGUCGUUCACCCAUUGGGUACACAACCUCGCCGUAUCAAAGUCGACUCCUGUGAUGCUACUCCAUGAUCCCUACCGAGCCUACUUCAUCUUUGGAUCAUUCAACUUUUUUAUGGCAAUCGCUGCAUGGUGGAUUCCCGAGACCAAGGGGAUUUCUCUGGAACGCAUGGACGAAGUGUUUGGUACUGCAGACUUUUCCAAUGUUGAGGACGUGGGUAUUGCCGCUCGGCGGGCAAAGAGAAUUGAUGAUGAGGAUGUGGAAGAUGUACAGAUCAACAACAGCAAGUCUUGA